AUGGCAAUCUAUUCAUCAAUUCCGCCACCCUCACAACAGGCUUCUGGCUUAGCAGGUCCGGAUAUUGAGGCUUGGACUGUGUCUGCUUUAGAAUCACUCAAUGUUUCUCCUACUGCUCGUGGUACUGGUGUUAUAUUUUCCAUUCCUCUCGAGAUAGAUGAACCUCUUGGAGAUGUGGCACCAUCGAGACCUGCCGCCUCCAAACCUCGCAAGGAGCUUCUAAAACGCGAUAGUCAGAAACACAGAGAAACAUUAUUGAGGGGGAAGGAGGGUAGUCGCAGACGUCAGAGAUGGGAGAAUGAUCACUUUCUACAUGUUCCAAAUGCCCAACCUCCACUCCCAAGUGAUUGGGAAGUCCGCCCGACUUACCCAGUUCAUCAUGUACCGUACUACUUGGCCCCUUUGUGGGAUGCAGGUAUUCGUCAUCGAGCCGAAGAAAUCGCCGCCGAAAAGCAGUUGAAUAAUGCCAAAAGGGCUGGUAUACAUGAGGAGAAAGGUCGUGUUCCACAGGAUUUAAGACAGAAACUUAAGAAGAGCAAGGGUGCUAAAAGUCUUCUGCAAGACUUGGAGGAGGAAGUGAGAAAUUUCGUGCAAGAAUUUGAGGGCAAGCAAAAGAUCUUGGGACAAAUGAAAGAAGACGAAAUGGAUAGUGAAGAUGAGGAGAUCGUGUUCAUUGGAAGGAAUGGCACGAUGAGUGAUGAGCAACGGAACUUGGUCGAGGAAGAGCUACAAAGAGAGAAACUAGUUUUCGAUUCUUUGGCUGAUGAUUCUGGGGCAAGCUUCGGGCGCUGGCUCGUCCAUUCCAUUGCAUCCUACUAUGGUCUUACUUCUCGCUCUGUCACAGUUGGUGCUCGUCGUGAGGCCUACGUCGGUAUAAAGGAGAUGACUACUAGUGGCGAGAUCACUCUCGCAAAUCCGGCCACUGAUUUGCCAAUACAAGGACGUUUACUGGCCAUUCCCGCCUCUUUCGUUGCGGGACAGAGAAGGACUUUGGCAACUGUUCAAAAUGGUAACGCAGACAAUCGAGGACCUAUGAAAGAAUACAAUGCGCGCGUUGCUUCGGGACAACUAAGGGACGAUGAGCACCAAAGAGGCAUUAUACAAAGUCUUCAACACCUUCACGAUGAAUUACGAUAUUACCAUGCGCCUGCCAUUGUCCACCCCACCCUCGAAUCUCUGAAACCCCCACCAACCUCUAUUUUUGGACGUAUAUUUGGAAAUAAACCCAAAGAAUCGGCGGUGAAGGACAUUUCGGAAGAUCUUCCGCGAGGUCUGUAUCUGUAUGGAGAUGUGGGGAGUGGAAAGACUAUGUUGAUGGACAUGUUUUAUGAGACACUACCAAGUAGUGUGGCAUCGAAAACAAGGAUUCAUUUCCAUAAUUUUAUGCAGGAUGUUCAUAGGAGGUUACAUCAGAUGAAGAUGGAGUAUGGGAAUGAUAUCGACGCCGUACCUUUUGUAGCAGCAGAUAUUGCGGCGAAAGGGAAUGUUUUAUGUUUUGAUGAGUUUCAAUGUACGGAUGUGGCUGAUGCUAUGAUCCUCAGAAGGCUCCUAGAAUCUUUAAUGUCUCAUGGAGUCGUCCUUAUCACAACCUCCAAUCGUCACCCGGAUGACCUCUACCGUAAUGGUAUUCAACGAGAAUCCUUCAUCCCCUGCAUCAACCUCCUCAAGUCCCGUCUCCACGUGAUAAACCUCGACAGUCCUACCGACUACCGAAAGAUUCCCCGCCCUCCUUCCGGCGUCUACCAUUCGCCCCUAGAUGCCCAUGCGCCUACCCAUGCCGAAAAAUGGUUCCGGUUCCUUGGCGACCCUGACCAAUCUAUCCCUCAUUCAGAAACCCAACGUGUCUGGGGUCGCGAAAUUCACGUUCCGAAAGUCAGUGGUAAAGCUGCCAUGUUUUCAUUCGAUGAAUUGAUUGGGAGACCUACUAGUGCAGCCGAUUACAUUGAAUUAAUGAAAAGCUACGACGCAUUUAUCGUUACCAAUGUCCCCGGGAUGACACAUCAACAGCGUGAUCUCGCCCGCCGUUUCAUCACAUUCAUUGAUGCCGUCUAUGAAUCUCGCGCUAAACUGGUCCUCACAACCGCAGUUCCAUUAACGCAACUCUUUCUUUCAAAAGCUGAAAUUGAAGAUAGUAUGAAGAAAGAUGUAGAGGAUAAGAAAGGACAGAAAGAAGCUGGGAAUGAGAAAGAAGAACUUAAUGAUGCGAUGAGAAUGAUGAUGGAUGAUUUGGGCCUAAAUAUGAAUAUGCUGAAAAGUAGUACCAUUUUCAGUGGAGAAGAAGAGAGAUUUGCGUUUGCGAGAGCGCUGAGUCGACUGAGUGAGAUGGGGAGUCAACAGUGGGUAGAAAAGGGGAUGGGGUUAGAGAAAGAUGGGGGGAAAAGCGAGAAAGAGGGGUGGCAGAAGGUUAGAAGUAAGAGGAUGGAGGAUAUUAUGUAG